AGCACAAGAGCCAAACUUCACCCAGUUCCUGUUUCUCUUUGAGUCUUCAAAGUCUGUGUUCGUUAUUUGUCAAAAUGAUCGUAUUCUUAGACUAGAAGCUCUCAAAGUGAUCCUGAUUCGUCGUGGGUGAUCAACUUAAUCAUUGAGGAAGCUGAAGUUGUUUUGACAGGUUUUAUCGACGCAGACAAGUACAAAAACAAAGACAUACGGCUUUGGGCUAGUCGUGGUAAUACAGACUAGACAAGACCAGAUUGUCGAAGGAUUCAAGUCUUCAUUUCCGCACAUCUGUUUGUUAUAUUUCCGGCGAAUCUUUGCCAUGUAGUGGAAUUAUCGCUUUCAAAAUUUGAGAAGUAAAACUUCGUGCAAUGUCAUGGCUUCUGUCGAUCUGCAAGAAAAAGCAAAUUUUACAAGACUCAGUAGACUUUUGGUUGACAAAGGAACUGAGGCUUUGAGAAAUACAUUUGAUACCAUCCAUCCACCUGUUAGUCUACCUGGAGUACUGGCUACAAACAAAACAUCUCUUCAAAAGUUAAAACCUCGAGUUAUUAAUAAUUCCCAGUGGGAUUUACUGUUUCCUCCGUCUGGCAACCCUCCAGAUUCCAAAACCUUUGAUGUCACAUUACUUACAGUUCUAUUUCGAAACAUUUGUGGUUUUUCAUCAACAGGAUGGAGUGUAAUGCCUCCGGAUACCGAUAGGUCAACGCAAGCGAAUAUCACAAGAAUAAAGUGUUACAGAAAUCAAGUUAUUGCACAUGUAACAACCACUCGAGUUGAUAAUUCAACAUUUCAAUCUUUAUGGAAGAAAAUUGCCCAGGCGAUAGUAGAAUUGGGCGUUUCACAGAGUGAUGUCGACGAAAUAAAAACUUCAUCCUUGGGGCCUGAGGAUGAAAAUUAUGUCGAAAUCCUGAGCCAGUUGAGAGGUAUUGAAUGCAUUUUAGAUCAUCUGACCCGAGCUUUAGAGGAAAAACGCCCAGAAAGUGAUGAAGAUAUCUUGCGAAAACUUGCAAAGCAUAAUUUCAAGAAUAGAAUUAAAAGAAAAGUGAAUUUUUUCCUACCUGGAACAAGAGAGUGGUUGUUGAGGGAAGUUGACGAAUGGUUUUGUAUCAGUGAGAGUGAUUCAAGAAUAAAGUUAAUAACAGCUGGACCAGGAUUUGGUAAAAGCGUGUUUGCCGCUAAAAUCUGUGAAGAUUUUGAGAAGAAUGGAAAGCUGGCUGCUUGUCACUUUUGUGACUUCAGUAAUUCAAAUCUAAGAGAUCCUAUGGCGAUGUUGGAGUCUCUCGCAAGUCAGAUGUGCAAGAGCGUCCCUGGUUUUAAAGAGAAGCUUCUUGAUCAGUUAAAGCGACCUCAUCAAGUUCAAAACCUGAAAGAUGCCUUUCUAAUAUAUUUACAAAAUCCCUUAGAUGAAUUGGAAAUAAAAGAGCCGCGUUUAGUCGUGAUCGAUGGCUUGGAUGAAAGUGCUGCAGAUAAUAAGAAUGAAAUUGCGCAUUUGAUUGCUGAAUAUUUUCCUUAUCUUCCCGAGUACAUCAAAAUCUUGGUGACGAGCAGGCCAGAGAUUUCCGUUGCUGAUCUAAAACUAACAGACGAUCAAAAGACAGACAUUUCCAAUGUUCAUAACAACAAUAACUUAGAUCUUGAGCUUUAUUUUAAAGAAUGUUUUCCAAGUUUAGUCGGCAGGGAAGUGGAUGAAAGGGAGUUGAGCGAUGAUUUCUAUGAGGAUCAUCCAUAUCUUUACCGCGUUCGACGAAAUGGAACUAUUACUUUACUUUCCAUUUUUGUUGCCAAAUGCCAGGGCUCAUUUCUUUAUGCAUAUCACUUUCAAUCUGGGCUGAAGGCUUGCUAUGAUCUUGAGAAGAUAACAAAUAAUAACGUCAAGUCGUUUCUCCCAGAAGGUCUGCAUUCUAUUUACGAACAAUACUUUAAACGCCUUGAAGACGAGCUUAACACCAUAAAACACGAAAAGUUUGAUGUGUUGAAUAUUUUGGCAAUGCUGGCUGCUUCCGAAGGACCUCUUCCCCUCACUUUCGUCGCUCAGGCUUUUGGUUUAGCUCCAGAUUGUCGCGAAACGAAAGACAUCAUCAACAAAAUUAAUGAAACCGUAUCGUGCUUGUUGUACGUUUCAGAUGACUUGUUAACCGUUUUUCACAAAUCCUUUAUUGAUUGGCUUCUAGCAAAGGGCUACAAAGAUCACCAGUAUACUGUCAAGGUCGAUGAUGGACAUAGAUCGCUUUGGCUUUUAUGCGAAAAAGUUUUUAAAGAAAUUGUGGAAAAUGUUCGCUCAGGACGUGAGAUGAAGUUUACUAAUAACGUAAAAUACGCUCUGAAACAUGGUUUGAAACAUCUACAAAAGUGUGAAAUAGAGGAAGACGACUCGCUCAUAUUAUUUGGUAAACUGGAAACGGCGUUCAACAUUGCUGGAAGAAAGGAAGUUCCAUUUUUCCCUGGAAAUGAAGAGACGUUCCUGACCUGUGCAUUUUCCCCUAACGGCAAAAAACUGGUGACUAGCGACGGCUUUGUCAACUUCGCUGGCAAAUGGAACAAACCCGUGAAAGUUCUGGAUGUCAGAGAUGUUAAUCGUCCUGUAAUGAUCAACUUGCCAGGAAUUCAGCCUGAGAUGGAAGUGGAAAUCUCGCCUGGUGGUGCCUUUAUCUCUGGUUGUAAUAAGAAUAAAUGUUAUAUUUGGAAAAGAAAUACCGAAAAACCAACUUCGUAUGAAGUCUUUUAUCACCGUGACGCUGGAAGGUCAAGACAAACAAUUAAACUUUCCCCAAAAGAGGACGUGCUGGCUUUUUAUGACUACAAAGGUGAUAUGGUGUUUCUUCGACUGUCUAUUCCACAAAAUCAUUUGUUGGACGAUAUUAAGCGAAGUGCAGUUGUUUUGUGGGACGAUAUUAAACAACGGAAACUUCCUUUGUUGGACGAUAUUAAGCAAAGUGCAGUUGCUUCGUCGGACAAUAUUAAGCGAGGUGCAGUAGUCAAUCCUGUCUUUGACUGGACGAUAUUGGACGAUACUGAGUGUGACAAAGACGUCGAUCCUUUUUUUAACCAGAAUAAAGUCGUCUCGCGGAGAAUGUUUUUAGGAAAAUUUACACAAAACUGUAUAUUGUCUUAA